AUGGCACGGCGGAUGCGGCUGCUUGAUCCACGCCAAAGGGUCGGAGGGAUACCUCACCAGGUGCUGGCAGAGCAGCUUGAAGGCAAGAGACAGGUGGCAGAAGCCGAAGAGGCGGAAGAUGCUUUCUACGCACAGAGUGCUGUGCUGCAGGAUCAAAUCCUACAAACUGUGGAGGGCAUGAAGGCGCUUCGUGCCCGAGACAGACAAAUGGCUGUUGUAGAUUACUCCCUGGCCAACUUGCGCAAGGAGCAGCGUCGAGAAUACGCACUGAGUGAUCCGGAUGCGCUGAAGAGAGAGACCUUGCCUGAUCCAGACGAUCCCUCCUUUGGACCCAGUUCCAUGCUGAAGUUCCCAAGCCAUGGAAAGGCUUCGGCAGAAGCGAAGCGUCAGAGUCAGGAGGAUCAGGCGGCGUGGCUGGAGUUUCAGGUACAGGAGAAGCUAGAUCGGCAAGCACAAGAGAAGGCUUUUGACAGACUCCACGAUGAACGCGCCAUGUUGGCUUCGCAAGUUCGCGCUGUUUGUGAAGAUAAUGAGAUUCAGGAGCAGCGGGAUGCGAAAUGUGAAGAAGCAGAAGAGAACCUCCGAUUGGCUCAAGUCGCUCGGGAGCUGAAAGAGGCCAAGAAGCUGGAAGAUAAUGCCUUGAAGCAAAAACACAUCGACACGGUGAUGAACUCCGAAUGGAUCGGAGAGAUGCACGAUGCCAAGAUUGGCUUAACGGGAAAGCCCAUGAAGGCAGAGUACAAGCGAUUGACGCUGGAAGAGGAGCAGGAGAUUUACAACUCAAACGCCCGACAGCUAAUGGACAAGCGAGCGAAGAAGAAGCAGGAGAUGCUUGAGAAGGCUGAAGAUGCCUCGAAGAUUCACUGCAACGUUGCAGUGUUGGGUGCGCUUGAGGAAGAGCGUGUCCGGCAGCAGCAGGAACGGAGGAUGCGCCUAGUUGAAGAGAACAAGAGAAUGGCUCUGGCCAAGAAAGAAGCCGACAGAGGAGAGCGGGUCGAGUACUUCAAGUAUGAUCCCUGA